AUGGAUAAAAACACACUUCGUGCAAAUAAACAAAGGGCGCAAAUACAAGAUCAACUUCGUGCUGCAUUAAGAGGCACAGUAGGUGUAGAUGAACCAGUGCAGCAUCCUUUUAUUACUGCAUAUCAAACUCUUGAACGUGAGCUUGAGUUCAUUGCUCCAUUUCAGUCAUCAAAUAUGUUUGCUUCAGUGAAGGAUGUUUACGAUGCAUCAAUUGCAUUAAAAGAAAAAGCAGCAAAUUGGUUUUAUGAUGAUAAAGUUACUCCAGAAGGAGAGCAAAAUCUUGCACUCCUUCAGUUUCAUGGUAACAUAUUAAAAAUACAUCGAGUUUUACUGUCUAGAACUGUCGAAGGAACUUCUUUAAUUCAACCAGCUCCAGCAACACUUCAGAAGCAAGUUGAAAAGACAUACGAAGCAUUAAACCAACUUAAUGCCGUUAUGACACAAGUAUCACAGAUUCCUAAAGCUCCAGCAACAAGAACAAUCAAACAAAAAUCUGCUCGACCCAUUGUUGCAAGAAAAGUCGAAGAACAAGAAGAUCCUCUCGAUUUGCCAUUGCGUAUUUCACCAUUUAUUACAGAAGGAUCCAAGAAAUCAACUGUUGUCAUGGAUGGUGUCACUUGGCCUCGUUAUGUUUAA